CUGGGAGUAAUUGGCAACAUCCUUGCAAUUUGUGUAUUAUUUCGAUCUAAAAAACGACACAGAUGGGGAGUUUUUUACAGAUUUGUCAUAGCCUUAGCUUUUACGGAUCUAUUUGGUAUUAUCACAACAUCCCCUGUAGUUUUUGUCGUCUUUUCCGGAAAAGCUAGUUUAAAGGCGAGUGUAUCAUUAUGCCAUUACAUGGCGUUCAUGAUGAUAUUUGCCGGAUUAGCAACAGUUCUUUUAGUUGGUGCCAUGGCUUUGGACAGAUAUUUUGCAAUAAUUCAUCCAUUCAAAUAUAGUGUUGUUGAUCGAUACACUAUAGUCAAUUUUGUUAUAUUUGGAAUAUGGUUGGUUUCCGUUCUUAUAGCUUUAUUGCCUGUAUUUGGUCUCGGCGAAAACGUCGUACACUAUCCGUUUUCGUGGUGCUUUUUUAAUUUCUUUGGUCAUCAAGUUGAAGACCAAAUAUAUGGAUAUUUUUAUUGCGUACUAGGACUUGGUACCAUUUGUGUAACGGCUGUACUGAAUUGCCGUGUAAUUGCAGGACUUAUUUCCGCGAGAAGAAGUACUGCAAGACGUGGAAGUAUAACGAGCAAAAAUUCAAGAUCUAGAAAAGACAUUUUUAUAACUAUUUUCUUAGUAGCGAUAUUUCUUGUAUUCAACAUUUGCUGGGCGCCGUUUAUGAUAAGACUUAUCAUCAAUCAAAGCGGUACUGUUCCUCAAGAUAGAAAAGCGGAUGUUUUUGCCUUAAUUCUUGCAAGCUGGAACCAAGUCCUUGAUCCCCGGAUCUAUCUCUUAUUCAGACAUGAGAUGCUAAAGCGAUUUGUACAUUUGAUCACAAAAUCCCGAGGAGGAUCGGCCUUAAGACGUCUAGUAAGCUUUACAGGAAGCUUUAGAGAAAGCUUCAGGAGCACAUCAUCUGGUUCUGAAAUGACACAGGCCACAGAAUCACGACAAAUGCAGAUUGAUUCGUGUGUGGGUGAAGAAUUGAGUUUCAAAAAUGAAAGCAAAACCAAGACUACUGAUUUCAACGAUAAAAGAAUGAUACAGGACAACGUUUCAAUAUCCGACGAAGUAUAAAACUGUUUUGUUUUUUUAAGUCACCUUGCACGACCUAAUAAUAGUAUAUCUCAAAGUAAA